CACGUGGGCACGACAGAAAAUGGCUGCCCAGAACUUCCCUUGCUCUUUCCUACGAGCGGCUGUUCGGGGGUUUGCCCACAGUCCAGCCGUGGCCGCUCCGGUGACCGCCGAGCAGAUGGCGGAGAAGCUGCGGGAACAGAAGAAGCCAAAAGCGGUCCCGGAGGUUCCAAAAGACCGAGUCUUGAGGCGGGUGCAAGAAUAUGUUCAGCAGACUCGAUGCUUCCAGAAGCUCCAUCCUAACGUCCUAGCCAAGGUUCUCAAAAAGGGAAUCCUCUAUACGAACAAAGAUAUUGUAGUAAUAAACAAGCCUUAUGGACUUCCCGUCCAUGGUGGCCCUGGGGUGAAGACAUGCAUUACAGAUGUGCUGCCAGUACUGGCCAAGAUGUUAGAUGGCAUGAAAGCUGAACCUCUGCAUUUAUGUCACCGGCUGGACAAAGAAACUACUGGAGUGAUGGUCUUAGCAAAAGAUGAGAUGAUUGCACACCGGGUCCAAGAGAUGUUCAAAACCCGUCAGGUGGAAAAAAAAUACUGGGCAAUUUGUAUUGGAAAACCAGAGCCGGAAGAAGGGAUAGUGGACAUUCCCAUUAUGGAGAAAAAAGUGGACAGCCACCAGUCGCAUUUCAAAAUGACACUUGCGCCAAAUUAUCGUCUAUCUUUAGAAGACAAAAAGUUGCGCAAAGUGCGCCGGAACAGAGAUGCUCAGUUGGCAGUGACUCGGUAUCGUGUGCUAAGCAGCUGGUCCACUUGUUCUGUUCUUGAAUUGGAACCAAUCACAGGAGUGAAGCAUCAAAUCCGAGUCCACUUGGCUUAUGGCUUAGGUUGCCCAAUCCUUGGGGAUCACAAGUAUUCUCACUGGAGCAAGCUAGCCCCACAGAAACUCUCUCAAGGUACACUGAAGAAACUGGGUUUGGAACAAGUCAAAGCCCGUUACCUCCCUCUCCACCUACAUGCCUGCAAGCUCACCCUGCCUCCGAUAAACAGCAACGAGGAGGAGAAAAUCCACUUACUUUGCAAGCCACCCAUCUUCUUCAAGCUCUCCUUAAAACGGCUAAAGCUAGAAUUUUCAGAAUCAGAACAAAAAGAAAUGAAGACUGAUUAGCUAUGCUACUUUGUUAAUGGGACUCCUUUUCCUGACUUUAUAAAGUCCCCAUGAAAGGGGAAGCACCUGGAACCAGAUGUUCUCAGCUGUAAAAUCACAACAUAUGCUUCUCUGGAAGCUUGCAGCCUUUCAGAGGAAAUCUUCCUGUCUGGCAGCUGAAAAUAGAACCAAGGAACGGUCACAGAUCUCCCAGGGCCUGUUUGCUGGUUUCAGAUGAAGUUGGGAGAUUUGAAAGGAUUAAUACAAUUUAUACGAGCUGCUAUACCUGGAAUAACAGUUAGUUGGGCACGUUUUUUUCAGUAUUUGAGAGUCAACAUAUACCUGACGCUUAGUCAAACAGAGUUAGUCUACUUAAAUAAAAGAUGAGGCCUGUGCUGAAUGAAUGUGAUGUAACUGGAACAGAGAUAUUGGGGAGAGGAGAGGAAUACUCAGAGGUUCCUUAUGAUUGGGGUAUGCAAUAAUUGAUGGAGCUAUGAAUUGGGGAGUUCUUGGUUCAUAUCUCGCUUCUGCCUUGAGCUUAUAGGAUAGCCUUAGGAAAGUCAACCUCAAUUUUCUCUCACAACUGCAAUAGAACACAAAACUGCUUUAUCCCAAGUCUGACUAUUGAUCUGCUAGUGAGAGUCAAACUGCCAAAUUGCAGGCAGCUGGCAGGCAGCAGAAGUAGCCUGCAGUACUGCAUUCUAACCACGGUAGCACCACGGCUUUUAUUGUAAAGGCAUUGUAAAGAUUACAGAUAGCCUACACAAAAUGUCUUACAUAUUCUCAAACAUGGAUGGUUUUAAUGCAUCACUGAAGCAUCGCUGUUGCUUUCUUUUGUCUCUUCAGUUGCCAGUUGCAACAAGCCAAUCUUUACUUUCACUGGAUUUUUUUGGUUAUCGCAUUCCUUAAACCUAGGUUAAUAACCCAAAAUUGAGUGAAAGUGGUUUAUCUAUAGGUAAUACCACACAAACCAAUUACAACUGGGACAUUUAAAUUGGCUAAACAUGGUUUACCUACAUUGGGUAAAAAGGUCUUUUUGAUAAGUGGUUUUGGAUAAUGAAGCAAAAUGUUUGGGAAGCACAACCCUAAAAUAAGGGAAGACAACUUCCGUUAGCAUUUGGGCCCUGCUAGACUGCCUUGUUGAAAACCUAUUCUGGGAAGACAUUUUAAGGUUCAAACAGAUUUGAUACUCACUGGCAAGUCUUUAUAAACAUUUUUUGUCUGUUAAAUGCUUUGAAAUUCACCCCUUCAAAAAAGUAAUUUUACAGUAUAAUUAUUCUUUUGUAUUGCGUGGGUGCCAAUGAGCCACCAUGUUUCCUGCUAAGGGUUUUAAAACAAAACAUCAGUUGAUUUGGGUGUAUGUGGUAUGCACAUACAUUGAGAAUUGGAAAUAACUAAGUAAAAAAAUCUAGAGACUCUACUGACUCAUUUCUGGUAUCUUUUUGAUUCCUGUAUUUUCCUACCAUAUGUAUCACUUUUGGGCAUAAUAUGUAUAUAUGCUAUCUUUUUGGGCUUAGCAUUACAAAAACUGCAACCCGAGUCCACUUCCAUCUUAUUUGCUUUUGAUUACUCUCUUUUUUUCUAAUAUUAGAGUAAAACACCAUGUGGUGGCAUUUAGGGCUACAAAUCUAGGGAAAUGCCAUUAUUUAACUUUAUGGCUGAUAGUAGAACUGUAAAUGGCAUUUUAUUACAGUAUUUCUGGAAUGUGGGAUAAUUGCAUAAUAUUGGGAAAUACCAAAUUUCAGAACUACUAGCUAAUCUCUGAUUUUUUAAAAAUUUUGAGGUUUUAGGCCCAUUUUUCAUUCUAAAGGGUGGCAUUGCAUAUAUCCAGUAGCAGUAAGAAUAUUCUGAUCUUCUAUAAAGUGAUCUCACAAGUGUUAUUAAAAUAAUUUAGAAUGGUUCUUACAAAAAUUAGAAUGACUGGGCUUGACUGUAUUUACUGCAAAAAUAUGUUGGUGUCCACUGACAAACUUUAUUAAAGGAGUAGCACUA